AUGGCCGCUCCCAAGUGGAAGAUUGCCAUCGGCUGCGAUGACGCCGGCGUCUCCUACAAAACGGCCCUCCUCGCUGACCUCUCAUCCUCCCCCCUCGUCGAAUCCGUAACCGACCUCGGCGCAGCCUCCUCCACCGACAAAACCGCCUACCCGCACGUCGCCGCCCGCGCAGCCAAACUCGUCGCCUCGGGCACCGUCGACCGCGCCCUCCUCAUCUGCGGCACCGGCCUCGGCGUAGCCAUCGCAGCGAACAAGAUCAAGGGCGUCCGGGCGGUCACGGCGCACGAUAGCUUUUCGGUGGAGAGGGCCGUGUUGAGCAAUAAUGCGCAGGUGUUGUGUAUGGGGGAACGGGUGGUGGGGUUGGAGUUGGCGAGACGGUUGGCCAGGGAGUGGUUGGGGUAUGUGUUUGAUGAGGGGAGUGCGAGUGCGGCUAAGGUGAAAGUUAUUGGGGAGUAUGAGGCGGGUGAGGGGGGGUUGGUGGGCGAGGGGGAGGCUUACACCUUCUUCAUCCCCUCUUUCCUCUCCCUCCCCUCCGCCGUCACAACCGUCGCUUCCGCGCCCGCACCAGCCAACAGCCUGCUUAUCGGCGCGCAGAAUUGUGCGCCUACUGGCGAUGACGAUACCACUACCAGCAGCAGCAGCGCAGGGGGGGAAGGAGAAGAAAGCCAAGACCUAGGCCCCUACACAGGCGAAAUCUCCGCUUACUCCCUCGCCGAAGUGGGUUGUGCAAUCGUCGAGAUCGGUCACGCCGAGCGACGACGCUUGUUUGGUGAGACGGAUGAGGAUGUGCGCAGGAAGGCGGUGGCUGUGGUGCGGAAUGGGAUGGUGCCGCUUGUUUGUGUGGGGGAGGUUGAUAGACCCCCAGCAGCAGAGGACCAUACCGGCACCAGCACGGGGGAGGAUGAGAAGGGAGAAGAAGGAGGUGCCGCUGCAGCUGCAGCAGCCGCCGUCCUCCGCCAAGUAAACGCCGUCCUAUCCCAUCUCCCCCCCAACGCAGACGUCAUCCUGGCAUACGAACCCGUCUGGGCCAUCGGGGCGCCGGCGCCGGCAUCAGCGGAGCAUGUGGUCGGCGUGGUGAAGCUGGUGAGGGGGAGUGGAGUUGUGCAGGGUCGGAGCGGGCGGACGAGGAUUGUGUAUGGGGGCGCGGCGGGGCCGGGGUUGUGGGGGAAGUUGGGGGGGGAGGUGGAUGGGUUGUUUUUGGGACGGUUUGCGCAUCGGCCGGAACAGUUUGUUAAGAUGGUUUGUGAGGUUGCGGGGGUGGAGUGGGUAGGGGAGUGA